AUGAGACUCACAGCGGAGCUUGUGCACCACUCGCUCUCAUACCUCAACCCGCUCAAGGAGCGCGAACUUGACUUGCGAGGUCAUAAAAUUCCCGCUCUGGAGAACUUGGGUCUCAUCACGAAUGAAGAUGCAAUCGACUUCACCGACAACGACAUCCCGGCACUGGCCAAUUUCCCCAAGAACCACAGAUUGAAGGCUCUAUACCUCGCCCGAAACCGCAUCACCGCCAUCGCCUCAGGCCUGCACAACUCUAUCCCAAACCUUGACACUCUUGUCUUGACCCAGAAUUCCCUGUCCGAACUUGGCGACCUCGACCCGUUGGCUGAGCUGAAGAAGUUGACACAUCUGACCUUGUUGGACAACCCCGUUGCCUCAAGAGAGAACUACCGCUACUGGGUCAUUGCGAGAUGUCCAUCUGUCAGAUUUCUCGAUUUCCAGAAGGUCAAGGAUGCUGAGCGCAGCACAGCCGCCGAACUAUUUGGCACUGUGGCAGAGCCAACCGAACUCGCCCAGAAGCUUCUUUCCUCCCGUUCAUCGAGAUCAAUCAACACGGGCUCAUCGACAGCCAAUGCGAAUGGGGCUGACAAGAUCUCGCGUGUCAAGCUCACCGACAAGGAGAGAAAGCGCAUCGAAGAAUUGAUCAGAAACGCAAAGACUUUGGCCGAGAUCACUCGUCUGGAGAAGGCUCUCAACGAAGGAAGAAUACCUGCCGGCGUUCUGGACGAUGUUAUGGACACAUCAUGA